UCGGAUCGUAAUAAAUAAAUAGGGACGACAGGAGCAGGACUACUUGUCUGCCCAAAAGGUGUGUUCCUUCAGCCCAGUAGUGGACCCGUGUGCGCUCGUUUUUGGGGUGGUUUCGUGUAAAGAUGUUUACCAUCUGAUCCCGCGAACGGUGUACGGUGCGGUCUCAUCACUGCCGUUCUAUCGAUUUAACGCAAAAAAGAGCGAAAGACGCGCCCUGCGUCUGUGUCGUCGCCUUCAAUCGAUCGAUUGUAUUAGCGAGCGUUCCCGAUGCUCGACUCCGUGCAAUAGAAUUUUGCCACCGCAACGAACGCAAUCCGGUCGAUCCGGUCCCCAUCCCCUCGGGGUGCAGGUGCGCUGUGUUGGUGUCGUAAACAACAUCUUCCAGGCCUUCCAGCGACGUUACUGCGUGAAGUUGUAGAGUGUAGUGGUUUUUUGCUCAGCGGACCAACGUGUGGCUAAUGUGCUAAUCAUUCCAGUCAUUAGCGUCACCAACGUCGCCACCGGGUCACCGGGAAUUGACCGCCAGUUCCGGGCGCCAGUUCCAAACCAUCCAGCAGCCGUUCUCAAUCAGUAGCAGUAGCAUCGUUUGGUGGGUAGCUGAGACAGCAGGUAGCACGCGAGCGAGCACGUAAGAAGAGCAAUAGAACGGGUUUCACCCCUCCACCUGCUUGGUGUGCGCGCGCUUAAAAGAGAGGGAAUUUGUUUUGAUGCCGAUGCGCUGCCCUCUUCUGUGUGUUGUGUUGUGUUGUUGUGAGCAAGGUGGUGCGCUUCCCCUUUCGUGCUACAGUUCGUCGUCAUGUAUGUUGUGCAAUGAGAUGAGCAAAGCAUCAGCACAAGGUGUGUGUGUGUGUAUGUGUGCCUGCGUGUCUGACCAAGUGUGUUGAUUAACGAGAUCAGGUCGCGAACACGACGGUCUCGGUCGCGGUCAUCAUUCAGCAACAAAAGUAAAAAAACGUUACCAACGCUUAGUGCUCUCAAUUUACGUGAAGAAAUCGCCCCGUUAUGCUCGCUGGAGGAUAUAGAGAUAUCUAGAUGCGAGACGCCAUUUUGCGGUACCUAAAACCUGAGCUAAAAAUCACAGGAAAAGGGAUCCCUACAGCGCUGCCUCACCGUCAAGAGGAUACCUCCGCAGUACUGACGAUAAGGACGAUCGGUUCAUAAGCAGCAAGAAAUGCGCCACAACACCAAGCAUCACUCAGAGUCGUGGUGCUGCUGCUGCUGCUGCUGCUACGAGCGCAUAGAAGCCAACCAACAACAACCCAUCGGCCCAACCCACGGAUCUCAUGCAUAAAGAUAAUACAAAUUUGUUACAUCUACCUGGAGCGGUUUCCUUUCUUCGUGGGGAAUUAUUUAAAAGUGGACCGGAGCGUUCAUCGUAGUUCGUUCGAAACAGUGCGCCUCGUACACAUGCGAUGCAUGAUCGUACCGCGGGGAGUUGAACAGAACCGAGAAGUCGAAGAGAAAAAGGCACCGCUGGUGAGUUUUUGUCGGAAAACGCGGCGGCGAAAGCCAUAGAGAGCGCACGAAGGCAACGCGAAGGCAGUGCUUGAGUAUUGCUUGAGGAAACGCAGAAGAGAUUAAGGGUAAGGGUAAGACGCUAAGGCAAACCAGCAACUCUCGCCCAGCCAUGACGGUGAAGCUGUUUCGACGGGGAUCGGCCCGCUGCAUCGGGCUACUGUCGGCGUCCGUCACGAUACUGCUCUGCCUGUACUACAUCUCCAUGGGUCAACCGUCACCGACCGGAACGGGCACGUCCUCGGCCGGUAUGGUCGAUGGUGGCCGGCACGGGAAGGAUUCGUCCGCUGCCAUGGCGGCCGCAGCAAUGGCACAUCACAAACGAUCUAACGGCCAGGAUGUGCAGCAGGCGGGUUCGCAUGCAAAUCUAUCGUGGCCCAGCUGGCUACGAAACAGCCUCGGCUCGAUAGGGGGCCUUAGCAAGGAUCAUCAACACCAGCGCGUCGGUGAUUGGGAAGGUGAUAACGUGCGAGAUGAAGAUGAUCUCAACGACACGGGCGGUGGUGGUGGUGGUGGUGUUGUCGGUGGUGGACCAUUGCCACGGUUCAGCAGCCGAUGGGAUGAGUGCAGUGUGCUGGAGGAAAGCCCCACCGACAUCAGCACCGUUGAUGAGUAUGGAAAAUUCGAUUUUCAGCCGGAAUGGAUGAAAACGAAGGAGUACUGGGACAAGGAUUUUGAGUCGCGGUACGAAAAGCUGCAAAAGGAUCCGAAGCGGCCACCACUAAAGAUUGUCGUCGUACCGCAUUCCCACAACGAUCCGGGUUGGUUGAAAACUUUCGUCAACUACUUCCAGUCAGACUCGCGUCAAAUUCUCAACCUGGCCGUCACCAAAAUGCCCGAGUACAGCAACAUGUCGUUCAUUUGGAGCGAGAUCAGUUUUCUGCAGCUCUGGUGGGACCAGGCGCACCCGACCAAGCAACGGAUCCUAAAGAAAUUGGUGCAAUCGGGCCGUUUGGAGAUUACUACUGGUGGAUGGGUUAUGACGGACGAAGCGAACGCUCAUCUUUAUGCAAUGGUUGAUCAGCUUAUCGAAGGUCACCAAUGGGUGAAGUCGAACCUGAACAUAACGCCUAAGACGGGAUGGAGUAUCGAUCCGUUUGGACACGGCAGUACCGUACCGUACUUGUUGGCAGCGUCCGGAUUCAAGGGCACCAUCAUCCAACGGAUCCACUACGCGUGGAAGCAAUGGUUCGCCCGCCAUAGGUACGGCGAUUUCCUGUGGAAACCAUACUGGAAAGGGUCUGCUGCCAGUACGAACGACCACACACUUCUCACGCAUAACAUGCCGUUCGAUAUCUACUCGAUCAAGCACUCGUGUGGACCACACCCGUUCAUUUGCCUAAACUUUGACUUCCGCAAAAUACCGGGAGAGUAUACUGAAUAUUCGAUCAAGGCUCAGUUCAUUACGCAAGAGAACAUCGAGGCGAAAGCGGACCUGUUGAUGGAACAAUACUCAAGGACUGCCUCUCUAUUUCCACAUAACGUCGCCCUGAUCCCGGUAGGUGAUGACUUCCGGUACAACAAGGAGAAGGAAAUGGAACAACAGUACACCAACUACAAGAAACUGAUCGACUACAUCAACGAGCAUCGAAAGAAAUACAACGCGGAGAUCAGCUUCGGAACGCCUGUUGACUAUUUCAACGCGAUCCGGGAGCGGUACGAUCGCUUCCCGACCUUGAAGGGCGACUUCUUCGUGUACGCGGACAUUUUUAACGAAGGUCGACCGGCGUACUGGUCCGGAUACUUCACAACCCGGCCCUACUACAAGAUACUGAGUCGCGAGCUGGAGCACAAUCUCCGCAGCCUCGAGAUCCUUUUCACGAUUGCGUUCAAUCGAGCUCGCCAAGAGGGCAGCUCAAACGCGUUCAAGAUCUACGAGAAGAACUAUGAAAAGAUGAUACUGGCGCGCCGGAACCUGGGUCUAUUCCAGCAUCACGACGCGAUCACCGGAACCUCGAAGGCGAAUGUGAUGCGUGACUAUGCACUGCGACUGUUCGAAAGCAUCGAGGACACGGUAAAGCUGCAGGAGAAGACGAUCGAGCUGCUGGUACAGCGGAAGCCUCUCGAACACAGCUUCCUGAUCGGGGAGCUCGAACGAGAUAACUUUGGCAAGCUGCCACGCAAAACGCCUAUCAUCGUUACAGAGGGGGGACGCAGUGCGGACUUCAUUGCAUACAAUGCACUCGCCCAGGAGCGACUAGAGGUGAUCACGAUCCGUACGCUGACGCCGCGAGUCAAGAUACUGGACGCGAGUGGUCGGACGGUCGAGAUCCAGAUCAACCCAGUGUGGAACAUCACGGAAACGUCGUACACGUCGAGGAAAAUUGUGCCGUCCGACAAGGAGUAUGAGGUGAUGUUCGUGGCCAAGUUGGCCCCGCUUUCGCUGACCACCUUCACGGCAGCAUACGACGAGGAUGGAUAUCAGGGCAAGAUGGCGACACUGUACUGUAACGAGUGUCAAGACGAGAAGAACAAGGCGUUCGAGGUGCGCAACAAGCAACCGGGCGAUAUUCAGCUAGAGAACUACAAAAUGCGGUUGCUGUUCGACGAACAGAGCGGCUUCCUCAAGUCGGUUACGAAGAAGAACAUGGGCAAGCAGAUUCAGUGUGCGAUCAAGUUCGCGGCGUACAAGAGUGCCCAGUUCCACUCCGGUGCGUACCUGUUCAAAACCGAUCCGGAGCAGCGAAGCUCAGAGAAGGAUGUACUGGAGCAGUACGGUGAUCUAACAAUUCUGAUCACCUCAGGACCGUUGGCCAGCGAUGUCACAGCAAUAUAUGGACCGUUUCUGGCUCACACCGUGCGCAUCUACAACUCAAACAGUGUACUCGAUAGUGCAAUUUACAUUGAGAACGAUAUUGAUUUCGAAACACCACCCAAGAAUCGCGAAACCGAACUCUUUAUGCGCUUUAUUACCGAUAUCGAAAAUGGCGCGAGUGAAAAUCCCGAGUUCUUCUCCGACUUGAACGGCUUCCAAUAUCAGAAACGAGUGAAGGUGUCGGCCAUCGGUGUGGAGGGCAAUUACUUCCCAAUCACGUCCGGUGCUUUCAUUCAGGACGAACGAAUGCGUCUAACGCUACUUACGACACAUGCCCAGGGUGCUGCCAGCUUGGAACCAGGCCAGCUUGAGGUCAUGCUGGACCGGCGCACACUCUACGAUGAUUACCGUGGUAUGGGUGAAGGAGUAAUCGAUAGUCGGUUGACGCGACACCGUUUCUGGUUGACGCUGGAAACCAUCGAUGGUGCGCAACGCUCCGGUGCGACCGGUGAUGGCAGCGAUAGUUCCGAGAACCGCAAACCUUCUGCCACUGAAGAUCGUCCGCCCGAAUACCAGUUACCAAGCAUCUUCGCCAAUAGCCUCUCGAAUGGACUCAACUAUCCGGCCAACCUGUUCAUCGUCGAACGAUACGAUGAAACUAGUCAGAUCGAACUGCAUCGUGCGGUGCAGUUACUAGCGGUGCAGUUCCCUUGCGAUCUGCACAUCCUCAAUCUGCGUACCCUCACCGAAAGCACUCUGCCACUGUUUCCAUCCAGUUCGGCGCUGCUGGUGCUACAACGACAGGCUUAUAGCUGCCGGAUAGGAUCCGAAGAGAUGAUCAGCUACUUCUGUGGUAACGGUAGUGCCACCAACCCCACUGAUCACGGUGGUGGUAGUGGAACCAUCGGUACAGGAAACACAAGCGAAAACGAGAUCCCAGUUCAUGCAGCUGGUACGACAGAUGGACGAAAACAACUUCAGCUAUUCCGUCGGUUACGGAUCGAUUCGAUCGAUGCUACAUCGCUUACCGGUCUGCAUGCCGGUGACCCCAUCCGCUCUUUCACUGAUAUCUAUCUCGAUCCGAUGGAACUGAAAACGUAUAAGCUCACGUUUGUGAAGUAGAGCUCUUCCCUCCAUCCACCUCACACAUUCAAACUGAAACAUUCCAAAUGGUCACAGAACCUCCUCGGAAGAGUGGAAGGUCCCUAGAGGAAGGUUCUUGUGCAAGCAGCAACAACCACCCAACGAACUCUGGUCUGAGUGGCUGAGAGUCCGUACGUUCGCAGUGCGAUCUUCGGUCGGCCAACUCUGGCUCCUUCGGGGUCGUUCGAUUCGAACCAAGACCACGAACGGAGGAAUAACCGACCAUACAGAAUGCAAAAAUAGUUCUACGAGCCGUAAUGGAUGAGGCAGUUCCACUAUUUUCGACCCAAAACUUCUUAAAAGAAUUUCUUGACACUUCCAAAAAUUCUUAAAUUUCACCAUUCAUUUGGAUUCAGUUUUUGUCCGACAUGUUGUCGUAUAAUCGUACAUCAUGUCGUAUAAUCGAUAAGAUUGUAAUAUACCAGUACAUACAUUUUCCAAAAAAAUCUACCUAACGUUAAAUAUCCGAUGGUUGGACGGAUAAUACACGAAUCGUUUGUACAAAUUUCCGUUCUUCAACAAAUCUUCUAAAAAUUCACCGUAGCAUUGAUGAGAAUAGACGAUUAUUUUCAUGUAUUGAAGUUGAGGAAGAUAGUAAAGAGUAGUGAGCAAUGUAAUCGUAAACGGGUGGAUAAAACUUUCUCACUAAAAUUUUAUUACUUUACUCUCCCAAAUAUUGGAUAUUUAUUUUUUAAACGAAUCGUUUUGAAAAAAAAUUGAACUUGCAACAGAACAAAAAUAAUUGAACCAAAUGGGAGGUGAAAACUGUUUUGAUGGACUAAAAUUUUGGUAGAAACAUAGUAAAACUGCCUUAUUCUUGUCUUGUGCUGGUUGAGCUAUUGUUGCACACUGUAUGUGUUGUGGCUGUGUUAAGCUCUCUAAAAAAGUAAGACCCAAACCACUUUCUCUCCUCUGUCACUCUCUUUCCAUCACUCCAUUAUGAACCUGUUUACUCGUACACACUACACUUUCUCUCUCUCUAUCUCCGAAUCUCACUCUAGCUAAUUUAUGAGAUAUGUGUUAAGACUUACGUUUUAAGAAGAAUCCCUUAAUGUGAUGUGAAAUGCCUGGGAUCGAAGCUUCAUUAUUGAUGUAGCGAGGGAAAGAAAACGAAAGCGAAACUGAUAGACAAGUGAUGAGGACUACAAAAGACAUACGUCUGGUUCAACUCCCAAAAACGAUAUCACUUACCUGUCGAACACAUACACGGCCGUUUUCCGCCCACAGGAUAAAUAAUUAAUGACCCCGAAAGACACAUUUGAGGCGGCGCGUACAACACUGGUCACGGCGGAUCAUGGAUGCCUCACUCUGGUAGAUGAAUGUCCUCUAAACUCUAGUACUAUCGUCCGCAGGCGGCAAAGGGAGUCGUUUUAAACCAAAUAUUCAAACUAGACUAGCAACAAACAAAAACUCGAAACAAACGACAAACAAACGAGCCUUUUCCACUGUAUUCCCGAUUCUUGCACGUCCUACAGCUCCCACACCAGGUUCAGCGAAAUGGUGGAAAGUACGCCAAUGCACCUAUCUAAUAGAAUCAAAAUAACGUUAGGAUGGAUCGGGGUAGGAUCGAGCGACGAUAGCUGAACUGAAGAAGCAACUGCGGGCAGCCGUAGCGAAUCUGCAUCAAUUGGAACCUAGUGUUAGAAGUUAUACAAACAAUAUUCUAGAAGAAUGAAAAAAAAUAAGGCAGUCUAAAGAACGAAGGGAACGGAAUAGCUAAAUGGUAUUAGGAAAACAAUAUUAAAGCGAAAACAAAGGGAGAGGAACAAACGGGGACGGUACAGCGAAACACAGGAGCCGCCGAUUCCAAUGAACUUAUGCUAGGAUACAAAGUGCGCCGACGAAAUGAUCAGCCGACUCUUAUUCUCUUGUUUGUCGUUAGCGUGGAAAACUCCGUUUUUCACCAUUCUUCCGGCUUCAUAUUCUUGCAAAAGGUUCACUUUUCCCCUCUUGUAAACUUCGUAUGAAAGUUUCAAUUUGAAAAUUUGGGAAUUAAGCACAAGUAACAAAACAAAAACGAUUAAUUAAAAUUGGCAUUUAGUAGGGGACAGUCCGUAACAAUAUAUUGGUGCAGUAGCUAUUCUUCAGCUUUUCGAAAUCAGUAGAAAUGCAGUUAGCUGACUUGAUUUAGCAAAAAACGCAAAAAUGUUCCAUUAAUCCCCAAACAUUGGUUGUACAAAGUUUUAGUAUUAUUGGUUAUUCAUAUGUGCAGCAGUGCUUAGUGUAGCACGUAUAGAAGGCAUUAUUCGCCAGCAGGCAAAUACUAUUAUUAACGGUUCGAUUCGCAUGUUUUAAAAACGAUCGGUAAUUGUCAUUAUUUUUUACACAUUUCGAGUUCCUACCUCGCGCAUCCUUUCCCUGAUUUGUUGACCGUGUUUAGAGCAAUUGUUGUUGAUGUAAAAGAAAUGAUUUCCACCUCCACGAGGUCGUAUCAUGCAUGUAGGUCUAUAAUGAAUGAUGAUAUUAUAUCGAUAGACGUGUAAACCAAGAGACAUCACGUAAGCGUUUCUACUAGGAGGGGGCAAAGAUAGCAAAUCUUGAAGAAUAAGAAGGGUGGAAAAAGCUGGUUAAUAAACCAUAGGAAUGGUUAAUGAUAGAACAACAGAAGAUCGCAGGGAAAGUCGUUGAUGUUGGUAAAGUGUGGAGUGCUUUCUACCAGACACCGAACAGGGAAUCAGUAGAGUGUCUUGGAGCAGUCUGUCUAGAAU